AGUGCUGGGAUUACAGGCAUGAGCCACCAUGCCCAGUCCUAGUGGAGAUGUUGACCUGGGUAUACAUGUUGGUGUUUUCUUAAAGUCCGUAUACAUCAGGUGUAUGAUUAUAUCCAUAUCUGUUGUCUUUCACAUUAUGCCCAGCUUGUGCAGUGAGUUAAAAACUAGGAAGAACCUCGGAAAUACAGUAUGCUUAAUUUUUAUGUCAUUUAUAAUAAUUAAGGAUUAUGUGAAAAUAGUUAUUUUGUGUUCCUACAAAUGAUUCUGAAACCCUUAGUGUGUGUUGCUGUAAAAUGUGUAUUGAGAGUUGAAUUGCUAUAUAUUGAUGGUGAUAAAAAACUACAAAUUCAUCAUUACAACUUUUAUUAUCACUACAUUGUUUCUAUAAUUCAUUAGAAAACAACACCUCAAUUGAUCUAUUUAAUCCUUAAAUAUUAUGCAGGAUGCUCUGUGUAAUAUACAGUGAGGUCCUUGAAGAGCCUACAUUUAUUGUUAAGAAUAUAUUUUUUUCCUCUCACUCUCCCUUCCUCCCUUAAUAACAAAGUUCCAUAGUAUAUAAAGUUGGACUUGUUUUGAUGUGAAGUUGGUAGAUUUCUUAGGUGUGUUCUUGAUUUGAUCAGGAUCUUUUCUGAAAAUUUUACAAAGAAUCACAGCACCUUUUCUCAAAUUAUAAAAUCACAAAAUAUCAGAAUAAUAAAUGGCAUAUGAGCUAAGAAAGAAGCAGUAUUUGACAGUUAAUGAUGACCAGAGAGAUUUGAUUGAGUAUUCAACUGACAUUUACUAAGUAUUUUUAUGCCAUGGGUACCAUGCUAAGUGUCUUGAAUAUCACCAGGAUGAAACACGUAAAGCCUUUGCAUAAGGAAAAUGGAAUAGAGAGGAAAGGAAUAUUUUGUUUUGAGAUUCCGUGUUCUUUCAAAGAAGAAACUAGGUAGCUCCAGAAAAUAUAUCAAAACUAAGACAAGAUGAAGUAAUAUCAUUGCUAUGUAUUAGACACUAUUCAAAAUGCUUUUACAGAUAUGCAUAGAAUAAACUCAGAGGCUGAGAAUGGUGUGGAAGAGAAAAAGAAAGCCUGCAAGUCGCCGACAGCCCAGUCCCCUACCCUAUCUCCGGAGGCCGACUCCCCAGACCAGAAGAAAAUCAUUAGCCUGCGGUCAAAAUCCAGUUUUGAUGGUGCCUCUUUAGCAGGUGAUAAGAACGACUGUAAAACAGAAAGCAAAAAUGAUUCUAAGACUGAAAGGAAAAAGUCUUCCUCUUCCAGCCAGUACAAGGCCAACAUGCACUUUCACAAGUUGUUUCUUAAUGUUCCAACGGAGGAACCACUGAGGCAAAGCUUCACCUGUGCACUACAGAAAGAAAUUCUAUACCAAGGAAAGCUCUUUGUAUCAGAAAACUGGAUUUGUUUUCAUUCCAAGGUCUUUGGAAAGGACACAAAGAUCUCUAUUCCAGCUUUCUCAGUAACCCUAAUAAAGAAAACCAAAACUGCUCUUCUAGUGCCAAAUGCCCUGAUCAUAGCAACGGUCACAGACAGGUACAUAUUUGUCUCUUUACUCUCCAGAGAUUCAACUUACAAACUACUAAGAUCUGUAUGUGGACACUUAGAAAAUACAAGUGUUGGUAACAGUCCCAAUCCAUCUUCUGCUGAAAACAGUUUCCGAGCAGACCGCCCUUCGUCUCUGCCUCUGGAUUUCAAUGACGAAUUCUCAGAUCUGGAUGGAGUGGUUCAACAAAGAAGGCAAGACAUGGAAGGAUACAGCAGUUCUGGUUCUCAGACUCCUGAAUCUGAGAACUCCCGAGAUUUCCAUGUGACAGAAUCCCAAACAGUUCUGAAUGUCUCCAAGGGAGAAGCAAAGCCAACUCGGGCAGAUGCCCAUGUGAACAGAGUACCUGAAGGAAAAGCCAAGAGUCUCCCUGCACACGGUCAGUCAGAAACUGUUGGAAUCUUACAUAAAGUCAAGUCUCAGAAAUGUCUGAUGCUUCACCAUAUUCUUAUUUUCUACGCAAUUGUUGUCUGCGCACUCAUCAUCUCGACCUUCUACAUGAGAUAUAGAAUUAAUACUCUGGAGGAGCGGUUGGGGCUGCUAACCUCCAUUGUGGACACCCAUAAUACUGAACAGACAGCACCAUCCGGCCUGAGGUCACAAGUACAAUUCAAUGUGGAGGUUCUCUGUCAAGAGCUUACAGCUAACAUAGUGAAAUUAGAAAAGAUACAGAACAACUUACAGAAGCUGCUUGAGAAUGGUGACUGACUGACCAGGUUGCUUGAGCCAUCGGAAUACCUCAUGUUUCCCUUUGAAGAAGGUGCAUCCCGAGGCAUUUUGUUUGAGCGCACUCUGCUGGUCAGACGCGCAAAUGGAUGAGAAUCCAGACAUUGCAUGUGGAGGUCUCCAGCUCAGAAAACAGGGGAGGGAAAUAAUUAUGGUUCUUGUGCAAUAAAAGUUGACCUUGCCUCUCUGAGGAAGUUUUUGCUGCUGCUGCUGCCUGAAGAAAACAGAUCCAUCUCUGGAGGCCUCAGGAAGGGCCCCCAGUGGACACUCUUGGAUAAUUACCAUGAUGGCAUCAGCAAACACUCCACCCUGUGCCUUUUUAGUCCUUCCCACCCUUCUGCCUCACCCUUACACCCCUCUUAACAACCUUCAAACUAAAGGAUACAUCAUAUAUCCGCAAACUCAAUGUGGUCUUUUCAGGAAUUAGUCAUGAGUCUCAAAAAGGCAAUAAAUGGCCCUAAAUGGACAGCUUGGCUUCAAACUAGUAACAUCUACAUUUUGUCUUUUUUUUUUUUUUUUUUUUUUUUUUCAGUUCUGUUGUUAUGUUCUGGUUUAAAUCACCUGUGUAUCUUAAUUUCUCAAUUCAAUUUUGGCAAGAAUAUCAAGCAAGGUGGACUAAACAUUCCGUUUAUGUUUUGCUUUCUUGCUGUAACUAAUAGUUAAUUGGACUGAUUCUUACCCAGUCCUGUUCAAGAAUCUGUGAGGCAUGUGACUGAAGUACUAAAUUAAACUUAUUUUUGAAACCAAACCUAAUUUUUAAGCCAAAAGGUAUCAUAGUGAUUUAAUGCAGGAUGAAAAACACUGAAUUUUUAAGAUUGUAAGUGGACUAUGUUAGUAGUUUUGAAACAGGAUGUCUGUAUUCAGCAUUCAGUAAUGCUAAAAUCCAUUUCAGCAUGUAAUUUGUAUGUUUUUCUCCUUUGCUGACUAAAAUAAAAUAACUGGUGGUUUGCUAACUAUUUACCAUAUGGGUUGGCUGGUUUUUAUUAAUAAUUGUUUAGGGUAUUAUAAGAUCUGUAAGUAUAAAGAAUAUUCUGUUUCUAUCUGCAAUGCAUUUGAUAAUCAUUUCUAUGAAAUGUAUUUUAUUUAAUCAGAUAAGCUAAUAAGUGAAUUGGUUACAUCGUUUGUAUCUGUUAGCCUAGUAGACAGCUGUGCCUGGUGCACCUCUGGCUUUGAAUAAAUACUCAUUGGUUGAAACACCCUGCUAACACUGUUUUGUCUGUUCGUAAAUUCUUUUAACCAAGACUUACUAUGCUUUUUAACUCUUUCUCCAUCUGCCCUCUACUACUUCCAACUCACUUAUACUUCCUUCCUCCCAAGUACUCACUUUAAAACUGAUAAAAGGAUUUAAGUUCUUGGGUUACAAUGGUUUAGAGGAAAUAAAAUGAACUUUGAAGUCAAAAAAAAAA